AUGGUCUGGUGGAGGAGAAGGCAAGCUGACAUAGAAAAUGGCACAUGUACUAUGGCCACAUGGGAAGACUUCAAGGAGCUGAAGCGCCAAUUCUAUCCCGACAAUGCUGCUAAGGAAGCAAGGGCGAAAUUGAGGAGGCUCACUAAAAAAGGUACAAUUUACGACUAUGUUAAAGAGUUCUCCGAAAUUCUAUUGGAAAUCCCCAACUAUCCAGAUGAGGAGGCCCUAUUUGCUUUCAUGUCUGGGCUUCAGCACUGGGUCAAAAUGGAGAUUGAGCGUAGGGGAGCUCAAGACCUUGCUACUGCUAUUUUGAUAGUAAAAUCCCUUGUUGAGUACAAAAAGGGGGAUAAGAGCAAAGGCCCUAUGAAGCCAUCCAAGGGUAAAAUGUUGUUGAAGCCACACCCAAAAGUAGUUAGUGAGAAAGAAUCAAGUCAGCAGCCUAAGGAGGGUGCCAGCAUGGGCUCCCUACAACUGGUAGCCGUGGCAGCCAAGGUAGCCAAGACAACUGAGGCUCCAGCCAAGCAUAAAGGGAGCAGAGAAGCUGGGCAUAUCAUUCCAAAAGGAGCGGACUGGCUGAAGGCAGUAAACUCUCAACCAACUCCCACACAUGGAGUAGCCCACAAUGUCCCAGUCAGAAUUGGUGAGUGGACUGGAACUCUUGACUUUUCUAUUGUCACCAUGGAUGACUACUCUUGUGUGCUUGGAAUGGAUUUCAUGGAUAGAGUGAAGGCUGUCACCAUCCCCUUCACCAAUAGCAUGUGCAUACUAGAAGGAGACAAUACUUGCACUGUCUCAUUAGUGAGAGGGAAGGUUGGCACCAGCACUCUCUUUGCCCUCCAGCUUUCUAAAGGCCUAAGGAGGUCCGAGCCAACCUACUUGGUGGCGCUAAAAGAGGGUGACGAGCAGCCCCCUGCACUUGAACUGCCUACUGCCAUCAAGCAAGUCUUGGAUGAAUUUUCAGAUGUGAUGCCACAGGAGUUGCCUAAGAGACUCCCACCGAAGAGGGAGGUGGAUCAUCACAUAAAGCUGGAGCCUGGGGCAAAACCACUUGCCGGUGUUCCCUAUUGCAUGGCAUCUCCCGAACUUGAAGAGCUCCGCAGGCAGUUGAGAGAAUUGCUGGAUGCAGGGUAUAUCCAGCCCUCUAAAGCUCCAUACGGUGCCCCAGUCGUCUUCCAAAAGAAGAAGGACGGCUCUCUUCGCAUGUGUAUUGACUAUCGGGCUUUAAAUAAGGUGACUGUGAAGAACAAGUACCCAAUUCCACUCAUUGCUGAUUUAUUCGAUCAGCUUGGUGAGGCUCGAUGGUUCUCCAAAUUGGAUCUUCGGUCGGAAUACUAUCAAGUCAGAAUUGCUGAAGGAGAUGAACCGAAGACAGCCUGUGUCACAAGGUACGGGUCAUAUGAACUUCGAGUCAUGCCCUUCGGUUUAACUAAUGCUCCUGCCACGUUUUGUACCUUGAUGAACAAAGUGUUCCAGUCCUUCCUGGACCGCUUUGUUGUGGUUUACUUGGACGAUAUAGUGGUUUACAGCAGAACGUUAGAAGAGCAUGCUAGACACUUAAAGCAAGUCUUUAAGGUGCUGAGGGACAAUGAGCUUUAUGUAAAGAAGGAAAAGCGUUCCUUUGCACAGCAAGAGAUCCCAUUCUUGGGACACAUAGUGGGGCAUGGCAAGAUCAGAAUGGACGAGUCCAAGAUCCGUGCUAUCUUGGACUGGGAGCCACCAAAGAAGGUGCCUGAAUUAAGAUCCUUCCUUGGCCUUGUGAACUAUUAUCGACGGUUCAUCAAGGGCUAUUCUACCAUUGCGGCACCCCUCACCGAUAUGCUAAAGGAAAAAAAGCCAUAG